GCACGCUUUUUGUUCAGUACGUCGCCGACUUAUUAGGAUUUACAUGUUUAUUGGUGUUUCAGUGUAUUAAUACUGGAUUAGAUAAAAACUUGCAGGUGUCUUGUACAAAUUUAUCAUGACCUAACCGUUAAAUAUCUUAUCAUAUUCAAUGCAAGACGAACAUUCCUCAGGACGAGAAACAUGAGAAAAUACUAUCAACUUGUUCUCUUCAUUCUGUCGAUUGUCAGCUUAGUGUGCUUCCUAAUUUACAAACACGAGUAUGAUAGACUGAGAAAUGUUCUUGAAGUCUUGAAUGUUUUUGGCUCGAUAGUAACAGAUGGACCCCAAGCGAUAACAGGCAAUCCUGAAAUCUGCCAUAAUGGUUCCCUGGAAUAUAUACCAGAUUUUUGGCACCAAUAUUCUGAUCUAGAAGUUUAUUCUGCGUUCAAGACUGUGAAUGAGAAAGGAUGGAGUAUAAACACCUUGGCAAUAGUGACUGGAAAUCUGUCGCUACUGUUCAAGCAAAUCUCGUGUGCUCUGAUAUCUGAAGAUGUCAGUGAUGACAAAUUUGAAGGAACAAUUGAGUGGAAAAGAAUUGAAACAGAUAAUGCUUCCAUGGCCUAUACCAUUGUUUGCAAUGUUCCUGAAAUGAUAGGGAAUUCUUAUCUCCUCUCCCUCUACAACAGUAAAACACCUUCAGAAAUAUUAAACGUCCCAUUGCACCUCGGUACAGCACACCUGAAAGAAAAAGCAACGUCCCUUUGUAUAGUAUCGAAUAAUCCCUAUUGGCACGUAGGUGACCUUAGCGAUUUUAUUCAGUAUUAUACGCUACUGGGAGCAGACAGCUUUUAUCUGUAUCAUCGUGGAAUUGGUGAUCAAGUGAUCUCAGCGUUGAAGGAAUUAACGCGAUCAUUCAACAAUAUAACAGUUCAUCUAACAACCUGGAAUCUUCCGUCACAAUCAACUUCCGUUCCGUUUCUUGAUUUUGCCCUAAUAAGUCAGGACUGUGCAUGGAGGCACGAGGCAAAAAGGGGCCCGUCGGUGACCGUCCAAUUUGGUCAUUUCUUGUCGCUUCCCAACGGUUGGGGAAUAAAGGACUUUUUGUCAAAAACAAAGGGACACAGCACUGAACCAAGUUUUGAAGUCCGUAUUCCUCUUCAAGCAAUAUGCGCGAACUCUUCCGAAAUUGAAGCUAGUCCUAUACGACGAGCAAGAAUGAUUAAUCCCAAAAAGCAAGAAACCCGGAGUGGUCUUCUACGAUGGACUGAAGCCCCAAAUCAUCCGAGUAAUCCAGAAACCGCUACACUUGGUUCAACGGCGGUUAAAUUGCUAACACUUGAACACUGUCGAACAACGACGAGCAGGAAAAAAAGUGAUGAGCAGGCUGUACGCAAUUUCCAAGCCGUCGCCCAAAACAUCCCCCGCUUAAGAAACUACGGAUAGACAUCAGUACACCAAGUUUGGCUGUUUUGAUGUUAACAAUGUAUUAUGAAGAUCCCAGUUCGAAGGUGGGUCUGAACUUAUGACAGAAAUAUACAAUCAUUUCAAACGUU